CGGCCCGCCCCCGGUGACCCCGCCCACAAACAAGCCCCGCCCCCAGGGCGCGGGUGGGCGGUGCUUCCCUGCCCAAGGCUCCAGGCCCAAGAUUCCCUGCCAGCUGAGCCCGAGCCGCGCUAAACUCUCCCAGGCUCUGCUACCCCGAGAACGACUAUUGGCCUUUUCCCCUUCCCAUUUUGGCCUCACCCUGACCAUCCUACACCAGUUUCGUUGUGUGAGAAAAGGAAAGAGUUCGUUGCGCGAGAAAAGGAAACCUUUCAGGCGUGCUUGUAGGUUAGGCAUUAGCUACAACUUAUUUGUCGUCGUGAGAAUGGAGGACUGGCCUGCAGGACCUUGGAGCUGAUGACUUCAGAGCGAAACAGCAGCUCCGGGGAGUUGGGUGCGAAGCAUCUGAUGUGAUCACACCUCUGGCUGGGGUUGCUGAGGUGAGAGAAGAGCGAGCUGUUGUGUGUUGGGGGAGGUAGGUAAUCUGGCCGACCUCAAGGCGCCCUCAAGGCGCUGUUCGCUCUGAAGGCCACAUCACAUCCGGGAGACCAGCUGCCGCUGACACCCCACUUUUUCAGAACCGUGGCCCCUGCCCCACUCAGAUCUCCCCUGAGUUAGGAUAACAACAUAACUGCUGUUUAUUGAAGACCUGGGUCUCCUACAAAGAAUGUUCCACACAUUAGCGACUUAUACUGCACACCAACCCUUCAAGGUGGAUUUUUAUUAUAGCCAUUUGAUGGAUAAGGCAUCCCUGGCCGCUCCUGUCAUUUUACCUGACUUGUCCCAAAAGUCACACAAUCAAUGUGAAAUUCACAUUCAUCUGUUCCUGACACCCAAACCGAGAUCUGCUGUACCAACCGAGCUGCUUUCUCGGGGUGGAUGAGUGGGAAGAAGACGAUGGCAGGGAGAGGAAUGGGGUUCCUCACCUCCCACUCUCCUUCCUAUAAAGGCCAAGGUUGAGAGUGUGUCGGGAUGCUGAGCAAGUUCUUUGGCUACCACCAAGGGGAGAUCGAUGCCACCCAAGAGUCCCCCGUGGGCUGUCGGUGGUUUCUGGCUUCCCGCCUUGGGUGAGGCAGGUACUGAUCAGACAGAGGAAGAGCUACGGCCCUAAACAUGAUAUCAGGGCGUUGAUUAUGGGGUCCCAGAGACAACGGCCUAACCCACAGUUCAAAUGACGCCAAGGCCCUUGUGGGCCUAACUUAAUCUGGGGCUCCACUUCUAAGCAUUGGCUACUUCCUAACCUACCCUAAUUUCCCUAGCUAAACAGUGUUCCCAGAAGGGCUGGCUUUCCUGGUAGCUUCUGAAUAAAAAUCCCACAAUGGUCAUUCAGCUUUAUAGACUUGUUGUAACUGUGCUUGAGCUUUGAGCAGAAAGAGUCAAAAAAAAGUCACAAAAGGAAAAAAAAAAAGUCAGAUUCCAAAACACACAGAACAGCAAAGGCAGACAGGGACAAAGAACACAUUGCUAUUUGGGGUGUUUCCCUCAUUCGGGAAAUGCGAGCCAGCUCUAAAGAAUGGUGUAACAUCAGUGGCAAGCCAAAGACUGAACAACAACAAAAUAACCCCUGGUUAUUUUUAUUAUUAUAUUUAUUAUUUUGGUUAUUUAGUAUGAAACAGUUUAUUUUCCACUUCUUAGAGUCACCCAGCUUCUUAUUCCCUGCUCUUCACACCAGCCAUAGUGUGGCUGAAAAAGUGGAUUACAAAGGUAAGGCCUAGAGACACCUUGGCUGCAGCACCAGAAGCUCAGUAGAGAAGUUUGACAGCUCCUUUGGGCUCCAAAGAGCCUUCCACCUCUACCCAAACCCUAGGGCUCUCAUCUCCUGGAGUUUCUCACCCGUUCUUGGCACCAUCACUACUCCAUCCUGACAGUCCCUGUUCUGGUGAGGAGGUCAUCACCUCUGUAUAUCCUGGAGGCCGCAGAGGGUGAGAAAGGAAGGGGACAUGGUGGUAUUUUUAUUUCAGCUGAGUGCUGACCAAGACUGCUCAGUAUCUGGCCCUGGCAGGAGAGAGCAAGGCCUGAGCCAGGAGCUUCAAGACAGUCUCCUUCAUCUCAGGUCACCUGCAGUGACUCAGAGGCCAGCAAUGAGGUUCUUCCCUCUUGCCUGUCCUCCACAUUACCCCAUUCCCACGGAUCUCUGUACAAAAAGAUAAGUCCCUCCUGUGAAGAGUGAAUUUACAGAACUUCUCUGCUUCUCACAUAUGAAAUAUAACCCUAUAAAGAAUUGUACAGUUGCAAUUAUAUCACACACUGCUGAAGAAAUGAGGUCCUAGAGUGUGGUUCCCAAAUGGAGAUUCACACUUGCCAUCCCUAGUGACCAUUCAGUCACCUGCUGCAGCCCUCCCGCCUGGAGCCCUAUCCUCCUAUCCUCCUAGUACUUCCUGCCCCACGGCUCCGCUUCUAGGGUGGUGGUACAGUAUUUACUAAUCCCUCCUAACACUGAUCUAGGAGAGAGCUGUACAACCAUGGGAAUGCGCUGCAUCUGCUGCGUCCCAGGCACUACAGUCCCUAGCUCCCUGUGGCCUUGGCACUUUAAAAUAGCACUCGCAUGCUAAUGAAACUGAAUUUUUAUGAAUUUAGACUUAUGGCAUGCAUCUAGUGCCUAACCGAACUGGGCAGUUCUGUUCAACAUGCUUAAAGUUCAAAACCCCUGCGGAUCUGGGCAAUGAAGUCCCACCCCUCCUCGCCCCCACCUUCUCCUCCUUCCCUUGCCAGAGGACUUGCGGAUCCCUGUCCAGAUCUGGACGGUUUGGAAGGAUCGCCAGCCCCAGAGUUGCCUUGUCCCACAGGAGCGAGCUGUCCUCCCCGGCGGAAUCCGCUGGGCCCUGCACCGCCAGGGGCCGCUGCGAGCCCGCUGUGCCUCCCGGGCGCCUAGCGCUGUCCGGGAGAAGGCGGUGGCGCCCACGCUGGGCUGCGGGAGCUGGGGCUUCCCCCGCAAGCCAGGAGCGGCGGUGACGGAGAGCGCUCCCAGGCCUGCGGGUGGGAGGCUCGGAGAGGACCUGUCUGCGCCCCGCACGGCCUGCGGGCUGGACUGGAUCGUCCCGGUGUUUGGAGCCCAGCCACGAAGCCGAUGAAUCGAGCUUGGCCAGAGUCCCGCCAUCUCGGGGUCUCAGUAAUUCGGUGACCAAGGGGACAGAGCUCCGGAAUAGACAGCGCCUAAGGUGGCCGCUCCGCCUGGUGCCUGCCUUUCGGAGUCCUGGUCUCAGGCGCAGAGGGAGGGAGAACCUCAGACCGGCAGCCUGGACCAGUGGGACCUUGCCGGGGCAGGUCUUUUGGAACCUGGGAUUCACAGAAGAGAUGGGGAAGUUGGAUUUCAGAAAGAAAUGGGCUCCCCUGAGAAACAGACAAGCUUACAUUUGUAGAGGCUAAAAAAGGGGUUCCUGAUGGGGGCAGGGAGAGGUGGAAAAGACAUGCGCCUGGCAGGACUGGGAGCUGUCUGUCUAUGGAGCACACCUAUUCCCUCUGUGAUCCCAUUGUCCCCCCCCCCCCCAGGCCUCUCCCUCCUGGAAGCUAGAACACCCAAGGCUCUCAGUUCUUCCUCACCAUCCUGUGUAUUUUGGUUCUGUGUCUCUUUGGUAGCUGAGGGAGGCCCAUGGGGAGAAUGCAGAAGCUGCUGGGGGCUGGGACUUCUGAGGCUCAGAAACCUGAUGUACCCCCAUUGUAACCCUCUGGAGUGGAAAUGAUGGUGACAAUGGCAGAACUGAGCCAGUUCUAUGCAAGUCCAGGAAGCAAGUGCCACAGGACAGGGGUGAGGUGGGGAUGUUGGAGGUUGAGGCAGGGGACUCAGGGUGUCAGGAAUCCUCCCCAGGGGCCUCCUCAACUAGAAACUGAUGCAUCCUGCUCAGGACCCUUCCCCAAUACUCAGCUAUGCACCAAAGCCAAUAAUGACAGUACUGAUUUUUAGACCCUCCCUUCCCCGUGCUUCACUCCUGGAGCAGAGAAGCUCCCCAGCCUCUCCUCCCAGGCUCCCUGUGCCCUGCCUUUUCAGAGUCUGAGGGGCCCUGCACUGUUCCCAUGGCAGAGGGAGAGAUUUGGCUGCUGCUUGAGAUCAGUUUCUGUUUGGACUGUACUGCCCAGGCCCACCCCUGGCCCUUUCCCAAGCAUCCCUUCACCUGCUGUAGGUUCCCGGGCUACCCUCUGUCCCUCACAUUCCCACCCAGCCCCAGUCUUUCCUGCUUGCCCAGGUGGAGUGAGUCUGAGGCCAGCAGAUGGACAGACAGAGACUGAAGGAGCCUGAAGAAGAAUGAGCUGGGGGACCAUGUGGAACUGGAGCCCAGGUGGCUGGCUGCAGGCAUUGUGCCUGGCCUGGCUAUGGACCUACCUGGCCUUGGCAUCCUUACAACCACCAACUGCCACAGUCCUGGUAAAGCAGGGGACCUGUGAGGUGAUUGCUGCUCACCGAUGCUGCAACCGGAACCGCGUUGAGGAGCGCUCCCAGACUGUCAAGUGCUCCUGCUUUUCUGGCCAGGUGGCUGGCACUACACGGGCAAAGCCCUCCUGUGUGGAUGCCUCCAUUGUCCUGCAGAGGUGGUGGUGUCACAUGGAGCCCUGCCUGCCAGGGGAAGAGUGCAAAGUGCUCCCAGACCUGUCAGGAUGGAGCUGCAGCAGUGGACACAAAGUUAAAACCACCAAGGUCACACGAUAGCUCUUGGGGGUCACAACUGAGGACAGGCUUGAUUAAACUGUGGACUGAAGAAUGGCAUUUAGCCAUCAGCCAGCAAAAUGGGAAUUCACUGUCCUGGACACAUGCUUUAUGCCAAAUGCAACAUCAGUCAUUCCAGGAGCAUUUCAUUGAAGCUGCUUGGCAGAUACGAUGAAUCACCAACCACAUACCUAGACUGCCGUGUGCUGGUGGAGACAAACAAGAAGGUCAAGACACAAUUCUUGAUCUCAAGGAAUGGCCAGUCAAGUUGGGGAAUUGAUGGCCAAUAGUUUAGAAAAUUCGAAAGUAUAUAUCAUGACUUCUGAACCACGUCUCUGCAGGCACAUGGUAGGGGCUUGGAGAUGAGACUUCCAUACCUCUUCAGCCAUCCUCUGAUGACAGAACACAAAGACAAGAGGUCACAUUUGGCACCUUUUCACUCUCCUACACAUCAGUCCUGAAUCUCCACCCAGCUGCUACAUGUUGAAGGAAAGUCCUCUGGCUUAUGCCAGGCAGGUGGUAUGUCAAAUAAGAUGGACUGAGUUGGGGAAGGCAAGCAAAGAUGAAGUAGAAUAACUUUCCAGCAAAGCAUUCACAGAAGCAUAGCAUGGUUUGGGCUGUUCAUCGAGUAUGGGAUGAGAAGGUCCUCAGAAUAUCCCUCAUUCAAACCUCUUAGAGUUUUGUUCAUUUGUUCGUUUUAACAGAUGAGGAAACUGAGUCCCAAAGUGGUGAGGUGAUUUGGUCAACAUCUCACAACUUGAGCUCCCAAAUCUCUAUGAUUGUACCCUACCCUAGAACCAAUGUUGGGUUCUAACUUGGUCCUUCCAUGUUAAUUUUUUUUCACGUACAGGACCCUGUAAUGUACUAGCUGAGUAUCAGCAACAUUUUUCUCAGGAAAUACUGGAGUGGGGACUUUGGCCAAGGCCAUGUUCUCCUGUCCAAAAUAAUUCAGAGACCUCAGGGUAUGGUGUCAUUUGGUCUCUACUUGCCCCUAACUCCCAAAAUUCCACACAGGCUUCAUGACAGCCUAGAGGUCACUCAGCCUAGUUAGACCUGGGGAACUCUGAGCUAGUGUCACCGUUGCCUGUCAUACUCAUCUCUGGAGUCUCUAGGCUGGAGGCUCUGCCUCCAGUGGUGUAAGGUUGUUCAGGACCCUCUCCCUUUGAAGGCUGUGCUGAGACAGAAAGCAUGGCAGGCUGGAGGAUCCUUUGUCCAGGACUGAUGAUCUGUACAUUUGGACUGGCACCCUAAAUGACUUGGGGAUGACACUGGGCUUCAGAAAAAGAACCACAGCUUCCCUGACUGUGAGUGUCACAGGGCUUUAGGGUGUAGGGUGUCAUUAGUGAUCAGUCUGGGAGCUUCUGAAUUCCAGCCCUCAGAGGGGACAAUCCUGAUGGUGGUUUAAGCUGAACCGUCUUCACCUACAUCAUACAGUAGAGCCAAGGCUGUUACUCUUAUCUCCUCAUCCACCACCAUGUACUUUGAUUUUAUUUUUGUUAAUAGAGUGAACAGUGAUGUGAGCUUAUCACUGAACUGAAAAUAACAGAAACUUGACAAUCUAAAUAUCUGCAUAUAGUGAGCUCAUGAGAUACAGCAGUCAAGGAGCUGAGCAAAGGCUGUCAUUGCCUCCAUCAAGGCUAGAGAAUGGAGGCUGAAAAAUGGAGCAAGGGGUUGGCAAUUUUUUUUCUGGAAAGGACUUAGUAGACAUGCCAGGCUUUGUGAAUCACAUAAGUCUCUGUUGCAUAUUUUCUUUGUUCUUAUUAAAAAAUGCAAGAGCCAUUUUUAUCUUGAAGGACAUAUGGAAACAGACCCUGGCCCCUUAACAGAAGUUUGGUGACCCCUGGGGAAUCCUUGAACGCACUCUGCACCUUCCUGGCCUGCCCUUGGUUUGUCAGUCAAAUAGAAACCUGAGCACAAGGGCUGGGUCAGGUUUUGUUUUUCUUCUAAUGCUCCUUGAGUGAGUGAAUUAUUUAGGCUACAAAUGAGAUAGCUUUAACAGAGUCAGACAAUAAAAAUCCACCCUCUUGGAGACUAGAAUGUAGGCUGCUCCAUUCUGUCUUCAGCCUUGAGACUAUGCUCAGGAGGCUGGAGAGGGCUGCAGCUCAGCUCAUCUGUCAUCCACAAGCCACUGGGCUAUGCUAUGGCUGGGGAAUGAGCUGAGGAAGGAAGGGACAAUGUGCUACAUAGUGUACCUUAGCUGCCAACCGCAGCUGGCCCCUGCUUCAGUCCACCACCUGUUUCCCUGACUUUCCCAAAUGCCCCCUCCUCCCUGCUUACUGAAAAGACUUCCUUCUCUCCUUUGAUGUGUGAUGGAAUUUGCUAGCUCUUUGUUUUAGUUCCUCUAAGCCUCAUUUCCUCUAGAACUGCUCAAGUAUUUAUUUGGUGGGCUUUGGGAAGUACCUUUUUUUUUUUUGACAGGUCCUUACUGUGUAUCCCAGGCUGUCCUUAAACUCACUGUGUACCCCAGGCUGGCCUUGAACUCAAGGCCUCUUGAAUGUUGGGAUCACAGGCAUGCAUCACCAUAUUUGGCUCAAGAGAAUACCUUUUUUCAGAUCAGAAGAGCUUCAUGUAAGUUCUCUGGGGUCCUGUUUCCAACUGAACCAAUAUUUGUAUGUGUUUUAUAAUUAUUACAAUGACAGUCUAGAAAUGUAAAUUAAUUUCCCUGGAGGAUAGGGUUUCUAGAGUCAUCUAGCAUUUAUUUUCCUACCCUUGGUGAGAUGAGAUCUCAGAUUCUUUGAAGUUGACUGGACCCCAUCUCCCUCAGGCUCUGAAGGCCUUAGGAAGGUUGCCAACUACAGAUCAUGUGCAAAUUUCUCUUGGCCUCCUGGCAGUUUCAUUACGGUCUGAGUGACAUCCUAAUUAAUGGCCCCAGACAGUUACACAGAGUUGAGGCUACAGCUUCCUAAAAUCACAAAGCUUACAGCUAGAAGGGAUUUUAGAGUCCAGUUAGCUAACUCCCUCAUUUGAUAGAUGAGGCUCAGGGAGGUUAGGUAAUAUGUCCAAAGUCACACAGCAGGCUGGUGGCAUAUCUUGCCCAGUGAUCAAGACAAGUGUUCUUGAUAAAACAAGUGUUCCUUCCACUACUGCAUAUCACAUCUUAUCUCAAAACAGAUAACAGCCUGGAAGUAAGCCAGGAUUUUAGUGAGAAUAAAAGUGAAAGUGUCUCAUUCUAGAAUCACCCAACCCUUUGAAUACACCGGGACAGAAGGAAGAAGCAGCAGCAUUUGGAGAUACAUACAGAGAAAGAGGAAAGAAGGAGAAAAAUGGAGGAAUUAGCUAGGCAUGGUGGUGCAUGCUUGUAAUCUCAGGGUGAGAGAGGAGGAUCACUGUGAAUUCAAGGCCAGCCUAGGAGUGAGACCCUGUCUCAAAAAACAAAACAAAAAAAAAUAGCAAUGAUGAAAAAAAUGCAGAAAUUGACAUCAUUCAUUCAAAAUAUAACACUAAAGCACAGAAUAUUAAAAAGUAAAUGAAUAAAGCACAGAAUAUGACUUAUACCGCAUCAAAAAUAGCUGAUUUUUGUCUUGUCUGGAGGAGACAGAAUGAAGUCCUUAUCUCUGCUUGGCAAAUCUGCAAAGCCAGCCUUGAUGGCUGAUGGAUGCUUCGCAUCCUACUACAGGGAUCUCUGCACUAAAGCUUGUGAGUCAUCUUUUUUAUAAAUAAAGUUUUAUUGAAACAAC